CCCUCCCCGCACCUGGCGCUCGCGCCACGCUCCCGCCCGGGGCCGCGCCCGCUGCCGAACCCACCCGAACCCUUUCCGAACCCACCCGAACCUUUUCCGAACCCACCCGAAACCCCCCGAACCCACCCGAGCGCUCCCCGAGCCCACCCGAACCCUUUCCGACUCCACCCGAAACCCCGUCGAGCCCACCCGAAGCGGAGCCGAACGUGUCCGAAAGCGACCCGAACGCCAACCGAACCGGGCCGGGCAGGGCCCCGCCGGUGAGGCCGCCGCGGCCCCGGGGAUGGUGGCGGCUCCUCCCGCCGCCACCGCGGCCAUGCGCCGGGGUUUCCUGGUGCCCGAGAUCCGCCCGCUCGACCAGUACGACGGGGCGAGGGCUCGGAGCGCCGCCAGCCUCGCCUGGGCCAUCGCCACCGGCUACGGAGGCGCGGGCAAUGUCCCCGAGGAGCUGCGCGACCCGUUCUACACGGACCAAUACGAGCAGGAGCACCUGAAGCCGCCGGUCACCCGGUUACUGCUGACGUCAGACAUCUACUGCCGCGCCUGGCGCCACGCGCUGGGCCCGGCCACGCCCCCGGCCACGCCCCUGGCCACGCCCAGCGACAACGCCGCCCUGCUGGCCCUGCUGGGGCAUCGCGGGCUGCCCCCCACUUUCCAGGACACCCCCGUGCGCCCCGCAGACCUGCAGCAGCGCCCCAUCAAACUGGUGCGCACUGGGGGGACUGGGGGCACUGGGGGGCACUGGAGUAUGAGGGACUGGGGGUGAAGGGGCUGCCCCCCA